AUGACAUCGGCAACGGAGGUCGGUGGCAGCCUUGUGGGCUGGAUCUCCUUGUACACCUGCCUCUGUGGCCUGAACGCUAAGCGCGGGUACGAGUGGAACUGCCGGCUGGUCACGCUGCUUCACGGGCUCCUCUGUGUGUGCCUCACUGCGUAUGUAGGGUUCGUUGAUGGACCCUGGCCCUUCACACACCCAGGUACAGAGAAUACACCUCUGCAGAUUACAACGAUGGCCAUUAGCCUCAGCUACUUCCUGUUCGACAUGGCUUGGUGCGUGUACUUCCGCACGGAGGGCCCGGUGAUGCUGGCUCACCAUGCCCUGAGCAUCCUGGGCAUCAUGCUGGCACUAGGCCUGGGCGAGUCGGGCAUCGAGACAUGCGCCGUGCUCUUUGGCAGCGAGGUCACCAACCCCCUGCUACAGGCACGCUGGUUCCUACGGCAGCUGGGUCGCUAUGACAGCCUGGCAGGGGAUGUGGUGGACCUGCUCUUUGUGGCGCUCUUUGUCUCGGUGCGCAUCGGCGUGGGAGGCCGCAUGCUGUACUGUGAGCUCAGCGCCACGAGGCCCUCGCUCGUGGUGAAGGUCGGAGGAACGGCCAUUUACGUGCUCUCCUGGGUCUUCAUGGUGGACAUUGGCCGCUUUGCCUGCCGCAAGAGCAGAACCAAGUACCAACGCUGGAAGGAGCAGCACAGAACUGUGGAGGCCAACGGGCUUUCUGGGAAGGCGGACUGA